AUGUUUCGUAAAAACGUUUGGCCAUCAAUAGUAUCCCAUCUGUGGCAUGUGUUUGUAUUUUUUGUACUUUUAAUGAUCUUCUUAUUGCUGGCCUUUAUGUUCCAAGAUCAUCCCAUGUUUCACCCUCUGCCCCAAAGCAUCUUUGAGCAGGUCAACUAUACCCAUCUGGCUAUCAACGAAACACUAUAUCCUGUCGAGAGCAACAUCUUACGUCUCUUCCCUGAAAUAAUGCAAUCAAUUCUUCUACGUGUCGACAGCGACUAUGUCCUUGAGACCGACCCCUGGAUAACCUACAAAUCAGACGAGCACGACACCGAUUGGGAGUCUUGGGUUGAUCAAGAUGGACUUGAGGCUCAGGACUCUCAGCUUAGAUACGCUUGUAAAUACCAGCCCUUGCCUUUCCCGAUCUUGCAUCAUGUAGUAUCCAGUGCAGUUGGAGUAGAGAACAAUGGGUCCGCAUUCGACCGCCUACCUGCAGUCGAUAAGCCUUUCCUCAUUCUCCCCUUUAUUUCCAACACUACCCUCAAAUCUGACGACACCAUCUGCGUCCGAGUCGUCGUUAGCCAACCCGCACCUGAUCCGUCAAACCCUUUCCAGUAUCUCUACAGACCAAACGACUAUCAAAACAGCCGAUUGGUUUCGCCCUGGUGGGAUACUAUGAUGGUUACAAUGCAGCAUAACCAAACGAAUGCAACCACAACCUUGUCUAUGCAGCCAUGGUCAGGGCAUAUGGUUUUGCGCAAGGACAGAAUGGCGCGCCUUCUUGGUGGCCAGGCACCGGGCUGGUACAAAGACAUGGAAGAGACGAUUGCUGAAAGAGACCUGAUCCAUGUCUAUGAGGCUGACGCAAAACUCAAGGAUAUCGGAGAAUAUCAUAUACAGGGUCUUCUCGAGUAUCAAGCAGGAAAAUGGAAUUUUGAGCUGGGUCCUGUCAAUCCAUACGAGCCCCAGCUGUUGCCGGUCUAUCCAUUAGGCGCAGAAGACAUCCGGGUGGUCAAGCCAGGGACUGAAGAAGAGGAAAAUGAAAAGGUUAAAAAGGAAGAACGGUCGGUAGAGCAAGCACAGAAAGAUAUUCUCGAUGCCCACCUGGCUCUGCCACUCUGCCACAGAGCGGAUAAUUUGGGUCGGUGGUUGCCUGUACCUCUUGGAUACAAUACUACUCUAUUGGCUGGUAUUGAUCACCACAACAAAGUCUGGGCCCCUUAUAACUGUCGAUACCGCAAACUAAGCUACGACCAAUUCAAUCGCUGCCUUGCCCGUCGCUACCCUAAUGGCGUAGAUCUGUACGGCGAUUCGAAUACUAGGCGAUCUCUAAAGGCAAUGCUCAGUCAUGGAAAGUGGUGCGAUACUCAACCAGGAGCACUAUCACCCAACCAUAGGAUUCUGAAUCUCGAGGGAGCACGUAGCUGGAAAUCGGCCGGGGAUGAUGGCCAGAGACGAUCCUGUUAUUGUGAAGACUAUACAGAGCCGAGCUGGAACAACGAAUGGCUGAACCCGCACAUUCGAUUAAACGACCUUUUCUUUGAAAACACCAGGGAAGAAUCCAAGGCACUUGGACGGAACACAGAAUGGGACAACCGGACUGUGGUCCUGGACAAGGUUCGGCUCCGAAGCUACAAGUGGGACGGCCUGACCUACCUUAACAAUCCAGGAUGGGAUACUGCGUUUGUACCUCUGUUUGGAGACCCUAGUAUCCGACCUGAUAUCGUGGUUUUCUCACUAGGCAACUGGGACGCUGCCUUUUUGACGCUAGCUGAUUUCAACCGAGACUUGACAAGAUUAAUUGAGCUGAUCAGACUUGCCUACCAACAAGUUGGACACCCCAAGAUUAUCUACCGCACUCCGCAGUAUUUCUGCUGCCGUACUGACAGCUCACCUCGAGAGCGGCGGGUUAGCGGGGGGCGUAUCCAGUCAUUUGAUCACCUGGCCCGCACUCGGUUUGCUUCUGAGCUCAAAGCCGAGAUCUGGGACACGCUUGCUAUGGGAGAAGCCAGGACUUGGGAUGAGAAGAUCGAAAGUGUCGAGUGUCCUUCAAACCAUGUGCCGUCAGAUAUUGUCGAGCAAGAGAACCAAAAAGAAAACAGCCUAAUUUUACAUCUUUAA